AGCAAACGCAUUGUAAUAUCCCACAACUAAGUUAGCUAAGCAGUGUUAGAAAAAUAUUCAAAAAAAUAAUUCAAAAUGUUCAAAUUGUUCAUCUUAUCUGCCCUCCUGGCCGUUGCUGUGGCCCGUCCCAGUGGUCUGGUCGCCUCCUCACCCUAUGUUAGCUACAGUCAUCCCACAGUUGCCAUUCACCAGCCAGCCUUGGCCACAGUUGGUGCUGUUGUCCACACCGUUCCCACUUCAGUGUCUCAUGCCAGCCAUGCUGUAGUUCAUAAGUCCGCCCAUGUUGUUCAGGAUGUCGUUGCUCCUGUGGUAAGAACUUCAUAUGUUACUCCAGUUCUUCGCACUGUUUCGGCUCCAGUAUAUCAUGGUGGCUAUGUUUCGUCGGCUCCAUAUGGCACCUAUGCUGCCGCUUCGCCUUAUUCUCGUAUUUAUGUUGUAUUGUCUGCUUUGUUCGCCCUAGCUAUGGCUCGUCCAGGACUUUAUGAAUCCGUUGAAUUGCAUUCGGCUCCCUUGGCCACAGUGACCGUCCAGGAACAUGGCUAUGCUCAUACUGGUUCCCUUGUGAAAUCGGUGCCCUCAGCUGUGUCCCAUCAAAGUCACUCGGUUGUUCACAGCUCGGCUCAUGUUGUCGAGGAUGUUUUGGCUCCGGCAGUAAAGACCACUUCAUACACCACCAAGACUUUGGCCACACCUGUUGUUGAAACAUACUCUGCCCCAGCUUUGGUUAAGACCGUAUCUACUCCAGUCUUGCACACCUAUGAAUCAGCCCCUGUUUUGGUUAAAUCUUGGUAA